UUAAUUUUUGAAAAUGAAUAAUAGUUGAUGCAUAAUUACACAUAUAAUUCUCAAUAAUUAUUACAACAAAUAGAGGAGUUAUUUAUUUUUUGUCUGCCAGGAUAUUAAUUAAUAAUGUUUUAAAAGACCGUAUAUGGUUAUCUAUUGUUUAUUUCUGCCUUUUAAAAUUUAAUACAUUUAUUACGAGAAGUGCAUUUCAUUUUGGCGAAAUUCUGUAUCUAAAAUUACACCACAAUUAUUUUAGCGUUAAUAAUUUUCUGCUAGGAAAUUUCGAAAAACGAUAACAUGUUAAAUAUUACAAAAAUAAGAAGACCCUUAAUUAUGGCUAUAUUCCCACUGAGAGAUUUAUUGGAAAAAUAUGAUGUACCUAAAAAUCCAAUUGUUGAUCAAACAGAAGAUACUCCUAUGGGAAGGAUAAGAAAAAUAUUUAUUUCUACUGAAUAUGAACCUAUCAGCAAAGAACUACAAAGCUUGAUUAACUUCAGUACUACUGCAACUUUGGUUGGCAUAGUUGUGGGUGGAAUAGUAUAUACACAAGGAACUUUAGAAAAAUUUAUAGAAAAUAAUGAAGCAACACGUUUUUAUAGCCAUCUCGAUGGAAAGCGAGCAUUACAAACUAAUAUUACGCUACAGUUUGCCAAGGGUGCUUAUAUGUUUGGUUGGAGAUUAACUGUUUUUUGUGGCAUUUAUGAAUUUAUUCGAAUGAUGUUAACAGCAUAUUAUGGGAAACCUUCAGUCCUACAUUAUAUGAUCGGAGCUGGUAUUGCUGGAUUUUUAUUUAAGUUAUCACUUGGUCUAAAAGGUUCAUUAGUUGGUUUGAUUCUUGGAGCUGUUCUUGGAGGUAUUGGUGGUUCUUUUAUUUUGUUGUUCCUUAAGCUAACAGGGAUGACACUAGAAGAUUUUCAGAAUAUACAAAGAUACUGGUCUUAUAAAAAAGAUAAAGUAUUUAAAGAAGCAGUAGGCAAACAUUUAGAAGAGGAAUAUGGAGAAUCAAAGUUAUUAUACGAAGAAAAUAAAAAUAUACAAAGAGAAUUAUCCAAAAUAGAAGAAAAAACCAAGAAUUAAAUGAACAAAAAUUAUAUAUGGAUAUGUAUAGAAUAUAUUAUGUAAAUAUAAUGUAACAAUGUUUUUAAAUUGUCUUACGUCAAUCAUCAUUUAGAAUUUGAAUAUACUAUUGCAGUAUAUACAAAAUAUUCAACUCUAUAAUAUAAUAACGAAUUGAAUAAAUCAUAAUUGAUCAUGGUGAAUCUUUGUUUUUAUUUAAUACUUGAUAAAAUAAACAUACUGUUAAGUAAAUUCAUAUUUCUUUAAGACCAAAAAUGUAUCAACCAGUUUACAUGUCACAUGUAAUACAUUGGUAUUAUAUAUAAAUUUUAUAUAUUCAACAAAUUAUAUUAUAUUUUAAAAAUUUCUUAUGAGAUAUAAUCAUUAAUUCAAUAAUAAAAUAAUAUUCAAUACAAUAACAUUACAUGAUUUUGAAAUAAAUAAAUAAGCAGUAUUAAUUCAUCGACCUUCACAACUUACAGAAUAGGCUUGAUUUGAUAAGAUAUGAAAGAACUACAAGGAAAAUUUUUUUUGCUUGAUAAAAUAUAGAUGAAUAUGAUACUUAUAGGCAUUUUUCUUCAUAUUUCUAUACAUUGUCCAAUAUUUGUAAAUACUUGUUUUAAUACUAAUACAAUCUUAUAUUUGUAAUUGCUAUCAUACUAUGACCCUGCUUAUAUAUAAUACAAAUAAGUGUGUUAUUGAUUUAUUCAAGUGUCUUGAUCUAAGGUACCUAAUUCCUGUACCUUGGUUAUACGUUUGGCACCUCUGUUUGGUGGUCCCUUUGGUUUGGCAAAUUUUGGCCGAUGUAAAUUGACUUUUGGAUGUAAUUCCUCUUGCAAAAAUCCUUCAGUUAGUUCCUUUCCAUCAUCUAUUUCAAGCUACAUAAGUAACAUUUAAAAAUAAUAUUAUUGUAUAAAGUCAUAACAAAAAAAAAUAAUACAUCCAUUAUAUGAUAUAAUCAAAAUUUUUAAAGAGUAUAAAGUCGGCCUAUUCUGUAAGAGGAUUAUAUACGCGAGUCUUCAAAUUUUAAUAAUACUAAUUACAUACCAGUUUGAAGGUGCAUCGGGUUGUGGUUGUUAGAAAUCCAGUAUAGUAUAUAUAUUUGGAAAAAAAUUGAAAUAUUAAACUGUAGAUUUAUAUUGCAUGUUACUUUAUUUCUAUACCAUAUGUAAUAUUGGCAAGAUAUAUAGUCUAUUCUAUCAUGAAGAACCUAUAGAUAUAAUGUGUGUGAAAUAAUUAAAAAAUAAUAAUAUUAAAAAC